UGCAACACUUAGAUCACAUCAUCAAAAUUCACAAAAAAUACACGUAUAAUCACCAAUUAUAAGUUCUCUCUUAUAGUAAUUUUACCUACUUGCCUAGCUAGAAACAAAAUGUCUGAGCAUCAUCACCAUCACCACGGGCUUUUCCACCACAAAAAAGAUGAAGAAAAGCCCGUGGAAGCCGUGGUCUACUCGGAAACCACCACCUAUUCAGACACCGGAUAUGGUGGUGGCUACACCGAGACAACGACCGCGGUGAUCGCGUCACAGGAACCCGAGAAAAACUAUGAGAAGGAAGUGAGGGAACAUAAACAUAAGGAGCAUAUGGGUGAGCUUGGUGCUCUUGCGGCUGGUGCCUUUGCUUUGCAUGAGAAGCACAAGGCAAAGAAAGACCCAGAACAUGCUCACAGUCACAAAAUAGGAGAAGGCUUAGCAGCAGCUGCAGCAGUUGGAGCAACUGGCUAUACUUUGCAUGAACACCAUGAAAAGAAAGAAGCUAAGGAGGAUCUUAAAGACCAUGAAGGAAAACACCACCACCACCUCUUCUAAAUGAGCAACUUAUUAUAUGUAACUAUGAGUUGUUUUAUGUAUGUUCUACAUUAUGAUCUUUUAAUUAAAGUCUCUUUGUGUGUGUGUUUGAUUUCUUUCCUAAUGGCUUUGUAAAAUGUGAAUUGUGAGUAAAGGCAUGACUCAUGAGUUGUGCUUAAUCAAACUAACAUUUUACAUGAA